UACUCGACUCUGAAAAGGUCGGCACGUCGUCUGUGAAGGAACGUAGACAUCUCCCUACCCUCACCUGAAAAAAGGAAGCUUCGAAAGCUCCCUUAUCUCCGCUAAGCCGGACCCUUUUUACCCCUACUACUAAACCCGCACCACCCCCAUAAUCUAGUCAAGAUGGUUCUUUUCACCGUUGACCAGAUCCGUGAGCUCAUGGACAAGUCGAGCAACAUUCGAAACAUCUCGGUCAUUGCCCACGUCGACCACGGAAAGUCCACCCUCACCGACUCCUUGGUCUCCAAGGCCGGUAUCAUCGCCUCUGCCAAGGCCGGUGACACACGUUUCAUGGACACCCGUGAUGACGAGAAGGAGCGUGGUAUCACCAUCAAGUCCACUGCCAUCUCCAUGUACUUCCCCAUGGCCAAGGAUGAGCUGGAGGCCAUCAAGGAGCCUGCUGACGGAAACGAGUUCUUGAUCAACCUCAUCGACUCGCCCGGUCACGUUGACUUCUCCUCCGAGGUCACUGCCGCCCUCCGUGUCACCGACGGUGCUCUCGUCGUCGUCGACUGUAUCGAGGGUGUCUGUGUCCAGACCGAGACCGUGCUGCGACAGGCCCUGACUGAGCGAAUCAAGCCAGUCGUCUGUGUCAACAAGGUCGACCGAGCCCUCCUCGAGCUGCAAGUCGGCAAGGAGGACCUCUUCCAGACCUUCUCCCGAACCAUCGAGUCCGUCAACGUCGUCAUUGCCACCUACGCUGACAAGGUCCUCGGUGAUGUUCAGGUCUACCCCGACCAGGGAACCGUUGCUUUCGCUUCCGGUCUCCACGGCUGGGCUUUCACCCUGCGACAAUUCGCCACCAGGUACGCCAAGAAGUUCGGUGUUGACAAGGCCAAGAUGAUGCAGAAGCUGUGGGGUGACAACUUCUUCAACCCCAAGACCAAGAAGUGGUCCACCAAGGCCACUGACGCUGACGGCAAGCCCCUUGAGCGUGCCUUCAACAUCUUCGUUCUUGACCCCAUCUACCGAAUCUUCGACUCGAUCAUGAACUUCAAGAAGGAGGAGACCACUCAGCUCCUUGAGAAGCUCGAGGUCGUUCUGACCUCCGACGAGAAGGACCUCGAGGGCAAGGCUCUCCUGAAGGUUGUCAUGAGGAAGUUCCUGCCCGCUGGUGACGCUCUCCUGGAGAUGAUUGUCAUCAACCUGCCCUCGCCCAAGACCGCUCAGCGAUACCGUGUCGAGACUCUCUACGAGGGUCCCCUCGAUGACGAGUCUGCCAUCGGUAUCCGUGACUGUGACCCCAACGGACCCCUCAUGCUGUACGUCUCCAAGAUGGUGCCCACUUCCGACAAGGGUCGCUUCUACGCCUUCGGUCGUAUCUUCUCCGGUACCGUCAGGUCUGGACCCAAGAUCCGUAUCCAGGGCCCCAGCUACACCCCCGGCAAGAAGGAGGACCUGUUCGUCAAGUCCAUUCAGCGUACUGUGCUGAUGAUGGGUCGUUACAUCGAGCCCAUCGAGGACUGCCCUGCCGGAAACAUCAUUGGUCUGGUCGGUGUCGACCAGUUCCUGCUCAAGUCUGGUACUCUCACUUCUUCGGAGACUGCCCACAACAUGAAGGUCAUGAAGUUCUCCGUCUCCCCCGUCGUGCAGGUUGCCGUUGAGGUCAAGAACGCCAACGACCUGCCCAAGCUGGUCGAGGGUCUCAAGCGUCUGUCGAAGUCUGACCCCUGUGUCCAGGCUUGGAUCUCUGAGACUGGUGAGCACAUUGUCGCCGGUGCCGGUGAGCUCCACUUGGAGAUCAUCUUGAAGGAUCUGGAGCAGGACCACGCUGGUAUUCCUCUCAAGAUCUCCGACCCCGUCGUCGGUUACCGUGAGACCGUUCAGGCUGAGUCUUCCAUGACCGCUCUGUCGAAGUCGCAGAACAAGCACAACCGUCUCUACGUCACCGCCGCCCCUCUUGACGAGGAGCUGUCGAAGGCCAUCGAGGGCGGCAAGGUCAACCCCCGUGACGAUGUCAAGCUGCGAGCUCGUCUUCUGGCUGACGAGUACGGAUGGGACGUUACCGAUGCCCGAAAGAUCUGGUGCUUCGGUCCCGAGACCACCGGACCCAACCUCCUGGUCGACACCACCAAGGGAGUUCAGUACCUCAACGAAAUCAAGGACUCGUGUGUUGCCGCCUUCCAGUGGGCCACCAAGGAGGGACCCUGUGCCGAGGAGAACAUGCGUGGUGUGCGAUUCAACAUCCUCGAUGUUACCCUGCACACCGACGCUAUCCACCGAGGUGGUGGACAGCUCAUCCCCACUUGCCGACGUGUGUGCUACGCCGCUGCCCUGCUCGCCACCCCCGGUCUGCAGGAGCCCGUGUAUUCCGUCGAGAUCCAGUGCCCCGAGGACGGACUGGGAGGUAUCUACUCGACUCUCAACAAGAGGCGUGGACACGUCUACUCUGAGGAGCAGCGCCCUGGUACUCCUAUGUACACUGUCAAGGCUUACCUGCCCGUCAACGAGUCGUUCGGUUUCAAUGCCGACCUGCGUCAACAGACUGGUGGACGUGCCUUCCCCCAGAGUGUGUUUGACCACUGGGCCCUGAUGAACGGAGACGCCAGCGAGAAGGGCAGCAAGCUCAACGACCUGGUUGUCAGCAUCCGAACCAGGAAGGGACUGAAGCCCGACUCGCCACCUUACACAGAGUACUACGACAAGUUGUAGAUGGUUUGAAGGAAUCGGAUUCCGGUCUUUUCUUUUCUCCCUGUCUUCCUCUUGCCCGUACCCCCCACUCUGUCUUUUCUGACGCGUCUUUUGUUUCGCUUAGCUCCCCAGCACGACUUUGCUUCGUAACAAUGACAAAUUGACUCCCAUUACUGCUU